UUCCAUCAAAUUGUCGCUCUUCAUUCAUUCAUCCUUCCAUUGCGCUUAUACCAGAAGCAGCUCCCUCCCUUUAUACUAUUUUACUAGUUUUUAUUUUCAACUUCAUUGCCUUUUUUUAUUCACAAUGACAACUGCAAUGUUCAAAACUGGGAUGAAUAGGUCUCUACUCAAUAGAGACUUUUUCCAAGUGAUCCUUGAUCGCGCUUAUGGCCCCAAUAAAGCUCGACCUAAAGCUUGGUCUGAGCAAGAGCUAGAUUCAUCCGCUAGUAUUCUGAGCAACAUUAGUUCUGGAGAUCAAGAUCAAGACGACGAGAUUGAUGAUUUUGAUGUGGACAGGAGUAGUGACGCUCCCUCUUCUUUCUCAGCACAGUCAACAGCAGCAGAAGCAAAACAUUCAUGUCCAAGGGGUGAUAUGACGGGACAUUUCCUCUACAAGAUUGAAUACAGCAGUAUUACAAGCGAUAGUAGCACACAUUCAUCCAAUACACUUUUGCCAGAUUGCCAUAGUAACUUUUACCCUUCCAUCAACCAUUUACCAUCACCACAGAGCCCCCUUCCCACCUCCACUGGCAGUCGCCUGGGGUCAGGACUACAGCCGGGAUUGAAGCCGCUAUUUUCCCCUGCAGCGAGGGAAGCUCGGGCUGCUGGCGAACUCUGGACUGUUAUCAAGUCUAAGCCCAUCGACACGGCCCUAAUUGAAUUAACCAAUAUCAUGGCUCAAUUACAGGGAGGUGAGGUUGCGGAGGAAUAUGACCUGGUAAAGGAUCUGACCGGGUUCAGGAACAGCCACAUCCGAGAAAUCGAGCUUGCAGAACUGACAUGGAAAGUUGGUGGUCCUAUGGCCAGGAUAUCGACUAAAGUCUAUAAUGUCCUUCGGAACGAUUCUCAGCAGUUAUAUGCGCUUUGCUUAGAGUACCUGGAUCCCUCUCAUGGAAACAUCACGCAUAUGAACAGCACCGAACAAGCAUUGGCGGUCUGGUCGCCUGAACAUAUUCAUCUAGUUCUUCGCGAUCUCGCCUCAUUUCACGCUCAGUUUUUGGGUCAGGAGAACCGCCUUAUGAAUAUGAGCUUCUUGGAGAACCCAUCGCGUGCAAUGAUGAAGGUGUUGAGGCCCGCUUAUGAGGCCAUGGUCAAGGCUAACCAUAGGAAUGCCCCUGAUCUUUUUAGUGAAUUCUUGUCCCAAAAUAUGCUCGAUUAUCUUGGGCGUUCGAAUGAAUACUGGGGAAUCCUUGAGAAAAGUCCGAGGACUUUGGUGCAUGGCGACUUCAAUACUCGCAACAUCUGCCUUCGUCGCGAGCCAAGCACCGGUGCACAAGCCCUAUGUGCCUACGAUUGGGAGUUAGCCUGCUGUCAUGUCCCACAACGAGACGUGGUCGAAUUCCUCUCCUUUGUGCUCCCGCCAGGCUCGAACGAUUGGUCGCAUUACAUUGAGUAUCAUCGACUAGCCCUUGAGGCCUCAUAUGAGAUUCAGCAACGCUUGUGUCAACGGGAAAGGGACGUGAAUGCACCUUCAGCUCCAAUAGUUUCAUCACCAAUCCGUAUUCCCUCAUCGAAAGAAUACCUUGAAGUUGCCAAGAUUGCUCUUUUGGAUUUUGCAUCGCUCAGAAUAUCUAUGUAUGGUAUCUCUAAUUCUUUCAAGCAGGUGAAUUGGCUUCCGCGGAUUGUCCAAUCACUGGAAGAGCAGAUCAAGCGUUUUGGGCCUCCUCGUCGACACCAGAGUCGAAUCCUUCGUGAAUCUAAGCUUUGAAGGAUAAACAGGAUCAAUAGCAAAUCAAUAGUCAAAUAGGUUUAACAAAUAUCAUAG